GACCUUGGUGACCACAGAAAGGCCACCAGCUACCAUGAUGAAGCGACACAGAUGGAAAAUAUCCUUGGCGGCGAAUUUUCGUCCAUUCCCGCUGAACUGCGAGGGCCAGAGAUGGCGACGUUGUACGCCGAAGCCUGUCGCCAGGGGUCGCUGCCAGUACACAGUACACGGGCUCAGGUGGUUGGUCAGUACAGGUCAGGGAAAACCUGCUUCAUCAACAGGCUGAUGGGAGAACCCAUCAGGCUAGACGAACCAAUCACAGAUGGAAUCCAGAUCACACCAGAUGUUCACACCAAGACGUGGAAGAAGUCACCAGAGGAGAUAGAUGAGUUUGGCACUGGAAUGGCAGGGCUGCUGCUCCAGUCACGACAGGAAACGAAAACUUCUGCAGAGGAAAGUGAUGAAAUGGCAGAAACUUCACCGUCGCAGAAGAAAGAUACUACUGAGUCACGCGAAGUCACCAAACCACACGCACAAGAAGGGACGGAAGAGGUGCUACCUAAAACUCAAGACGAGACGGGAUCUGUGACUCUUAGUACUGAGAUUACAGAAGAAGACAGUCGUGGGUCACUUGAAAAGACAGGGACCUCAAAGCCGGGACAACAGGCUGUGACUUCAUCAGAUAAUAUUCUCAAGCAUCAAGGACAAACAAAAAUGCUAGAAGAAGAUAUAAGAGACGUGUCAGUACGUCCCACGGUGAUUCCCGGCAGUGUCGCGGAGACCGUGAAGAGAAUGCAAGAUGCUGGUUUUACCAAAUUGAAAGAAGAUCUUGGAACUGUCAAACAUCCGCGUUUGUCGUUUUGGGAUUUCGGCGGCCAGGCGACUUACUACGGAACCCACCACUGCUUCAUCACCCCCCGGGGAGUCUACAUCCUCGUCAUGUCUCUGCUGCAGAAACUGUCGUACCCUGUACCAGAUAUGGACAACAAGGCAUCUGUGGACAACCUGAGAACGGGAGGAGACUACAUGGACCACUGGCUCAAUUCGGUUUGCUCUCACACUCAACACUUAGGCAAACCCGAGGGAAAGAUGCAACCUCAAAACACAGGACGGCCUCCAGUCGUUGUCGUCCUCACAAACAAGGACAAGGUCUCACAGGAAUACAUUACAGAAUACAAGGAGGACAUAAGGAGCCAUCUCGAGGGAAAGGCAGCCGGAAUGCUGGUCAUGCCAGAAAUAUUUGCAGUGGACAACACAACUGAGGACGCCGUAGUUGACGAGAUUCGUAACUACUUACUACAGGUGGCAAGAGGUCUGCCGCACAUGGGCGAGGAAAUCCCCAUCUCGUGGCUGCAUCUCAUGUCUAAACUGAGGAAAAAGCGAGAGGAGGGGAAGCGGUUCCUCAAGUUCCAGGAAAUAGCAAAACUCGCCAAACAUCCUGACAUCAACAUCACAGACAAGCACAUCCUCGCAUUGGUUCUCAGCUUCUUCCACGAUCGUGGUGACAUCAUCUUUAUUGACGAGCCCAGUCUCCGUGAAGACGUCACUCUGCAGCCCCAGGUGAUGAUUGACGUCUUCAAGACCAUCAUCACAGUUCCUCAGUACCAACAAGACAGACAGACGGAUCCAGAAGUAAGGAAGAUGUGGGAGAGGUUGGAAAACGAUGGAAUCCUCAGCGAUAAGUUGCUGACAAGGAUUUGGGAAAAGAAGGACCAACAACUGGAUAAACCAUUUUUGCUCCAGCACAAGUCCUUCCUGAAGGCGCUCAUGGAGAAAUUCUAUCUAAUUUGUAACGCCACCCCAGUAGGUGAUGUCAUGGAAGAAUCCCAUCAGGAAGAGAUCUAUUUCGUGCCAGCACUCCUCAGCUGUGAGAAGGACAACACCAUGUUGUAUCCCGGCAACAUGCAUAUAUGUCCACAGGCGCUCUACUUUGUGUUCAGUGAGAAGUUUCUACCAAGCGGUAUGUUCUGUCGUCUACAAGCCUUGUGUGUGCGCAGGUUCGGACUACAAGAGUCCAGCGUGUUUGCCGGUUGUGGUCGCUUCCCUACGGACGAUGAGGAGCAAGCAUUUGUCAUCACCAAGGUCAACCACUACUUGAAGGUGGAGCUUCUAUCGUCUUCUAACAUACUUACGGAAGGUCUGCGGGUUAGGAAGUUCCUCAGCAGCGCCUUGUUUGAGAUCAAAGAGAAGUGGAUCCCCUGUAUCCAGUACGAGCUGUGCUGCUCUACACAAGAGGAUGGAGGUGAACCUGCAUUCAGGGUAUUGCCAACGGGUGAAGGGGAACUGGGACAGCGUUGGGGAUUUCCAUCCCUCUUCCGCACCGUUUGGAUGUCCGAAGGGCCACACUCCGAACUUACAGAAAACUCAGGAGGGGAUGGUCCGGUGAUCCUCCAGCCAAAAGGAGACCCUAACCUCAUUGUUGGGAUGCACACAAUCGGCCCCGUGUUGGACACUAUGGAGCAGGGAGGAGGACUGACUCUGGACCAGUGUGACCAUAUCAGGAGCCAGCUGACACCUGUUCAGCGGAUACGAACGGUUCUGGAGAUAAAGAGGAGAGGGGAAGUACAGGAGUACAUGCUGGGAGCCGCGGUGGAAAUGUGCCUCCCAGAGUUUAAGGAUCUCUUCAGGAGAGAAGAACGAGGAAAAGAGCUCAUGAUCCUACACACAGAUGACUACACUGCAGAGUUCGUCUCCCCUCUCCAGACAGCCAUGAGUGAGUCAGGAGUGCCCCACCGUACGGAGAUGAUCACGUCUACUGACUCCAUCACAGAGAAAACAGUGGAACUCCUGCUCAACACAAAGAACAGGAUGGUUAUCCUAGUCAUCAGUCCCCAGGCACUACACCACAAGCACUGGUCAAACCUGGACUACGAGUUCCCAGUUCGGAACGAGAGGCUCCUGUUGCCCGUUCUACUGUACCCACAGGGUUCCAGAGACCAGAUUGUCCGGGUGCUCCAGCGACGCGCCCCUGUGCUGGACAGCAUGAACCGCGAGGAGAUAGAGAUGAAAGGAGGUCUCGUGUCAGAGAGGAAACUGAGGGAUAUUGUACAAAAGCUCGUGAUAGACGACCAAGAAGAGGCCCGGCUGUACCAGAUCAGCAAAGCUCUCGGUGAGGAGUGGACCCGACUGGGACAGGAAAUGGGGCUGGAAAAGUCUGUCUUGGACGAGAUGAAAGGUGAUGACGACACCCAGGCGGCAAUGCAGAUGCUGAAGGCGUGGCGAAUCAAGACCCCCCACGGACCGCUCCACUACCUGCCACAGCUGGAGGAAGCACUGCAGAACAUCGCCAGGCCGGAUUUGGCUGCAGCUGUACAGGAGACAUACAAGGAGUACCGGAAUGGCUUGAAGUUGACAAAGCUUAGCCCAGACAUGAACGAAGACAGAACCUGGUCCCUCCGCCUGCCAGGUGAAGGGAAGUACCUGUGCAGACGGACCGACCUGGGCGUGGUGACGCCCUACUUGCUGCACGUGACCUACAGGAGUGCGAACUGGUCCGACAACUGGCAGCAGGUGGGGGAAUGGAUGCCGGUGGGUCCGCUCGUCUCCAUCCAGUGUGAGGAUGUGGAGGGGCCGGUGGACAUCCUACUGCCGCACGUGCUGCAUCUGGCUGAUAAUAAAGUUGUCACGAGAGAAGACCUACAAGUCGUGCACGUAGUUGGUGAUUCAAUCGAGCUGCUGCCGGUCACAGAACUCACCUCUUCCCACGCGGUGACCAGGUUCAAGAAAGGCAGUCUAUUUGGUGUGGUGGGGAGGACCACAAAGGUGUUUAGCGUAUCUAGGAACUGCCUACUGAUGGCGUUCCGCUCUUUAGAUGACUCUGACCUUUCUACAUUGAAAGCCUACAUCGUCUCCAACACUAAAGAUAUAAAAGAGACCAUAACGGAGGACGCGAAAGUCGAGAAAUUUGAGCCAUGCGGUUACAAAACCUGCCAUUUAAACCCUGGCGACUUCUACUACCUGGAGGGGAGUGUUACAAACGGGGGAAGCGAGAUGGUGACUAUUUCACCAAAGCGUCUUAUGUUCGAAGACACACUUGAGACAAACAAAUUCUACGAACCGUUCGAAGUAAUGGUUACUGCCGAUAUCUGGAUGGACAACACAUCACUUCUGCAUUUGGAACUACUGAAGGAUACCAGCGAUGAAGCGGAGGAGACUGAGCCGCUUUCACAACUGAUACUUGGGCGUUACAAGCGAAGUCGAAUAGCUGAAGGAGUUGACAGUGGCCAUUCAACACCAACAGAGCUGGAAUCUGUGAGGAGACACCUGGAGUCAACAAAAUUAACAGAUCACUAUAACAGGACCGAUGACCUUCAUCCUCCCCAAACUCUCCAACCUGAAGCCGUGCUCAGUGAUAUCAGACCGGAUUCUAGUGCAGCAGGCUCUGGAGCCAAACCUGUAGUGCUGUUGCUGAGCGAUGAGUAUGGGACCUCCAAAGGGGGUGUAUCCACCAUCCAUCGCCAGAUGGCGAGCUUCCUGGCUUUAAAAGGAGCAAAGGUCUACAGCACAGUCUUAGAUGCCAACCAGAGGGACAAGGAUGAUGCAGCUGCUGAUGGUGUGGAGCUUAUCUUCCCAGACACAGUUAAGGGUGACGACAGAAAGCCCGACCUUAAAUGGCUAACUUUUGAUCACCAGAGUCGUUUUCCAAAUCUGCCGACAAACGUCGACUUCAUCGUCGGUCAUGUGAACAUCACAAGCCGCGCAGCAAAACAUAUCAAAGCGCAACGCCUUCCUCGUGCCAAAAUCGUCCAAGUCACCCACGUCAUUCCAGAAGACGUCGCACGCUACAAGAGUGAAGAGAAGGAGUUAAGCAUACAAGAGGAGAAAGCUGGUAUCGAGGAUGACCUACAGCAUGCUGAUGUGGUAGUCUCGGUGGGCCCACUCGUGUAUGACUACUACAAGAACGAGAUGAGACAGGAAGAGGGUCAUCAAAUGUUUCUGCCUGAGCCAUCUGCUAUCUUCCAGAACACGCAAGUGAAAUACAUUGACACAGAAACGAAAGUGGUACUGUCCAUCGGCAGAGUCAAGGGCGUCGAGCGGGUGAAAGGCUACGAUCUUGCGGCAAAGACCAUGAGCAGAGUUAUCGAAGAGCUACCCAACACAAAGUGGCGAGGCCGCGGUAUCAGUCACGAAGAUUUCCCAGAAAGCAAGGCAAUCAUUCAAGCCAACAUGAAGAAGGGUACAUUCCAGUUCACACCCCUAAAGUACGGCACACAGGAAGAUCUGUCCAAGGACAUGCAGCAGGCCCAUGUCGUUCUGAUGCCGUCCCGUGCAGAGCCAUUCGGGCUGGUUGGUCUGGAGGCUAUCGCUGCAGGGGUGCCAGUCCUGGUCUCCCACAAGUCUGGUCUUGCCUGGUUCUUGAGAGAAGACUCUGAUUUCGACCGUCCAAUCGUGGAGAUCGAAGACGACGAUGAUAAAGCCGCUGAAACACUGGCCAAGCGGAUCAUCAAGGUUCUGAAGGAUGGGGGAAAGGAGUUUGAGGCUGCAAACAAGCUGAAGAAGAGACUUUUGGCCUCCAAGUACUGGAAAGCGUCGCACAGCAAGUUUCUGGAAAUAUUUGGCCUCUAGGACUCUUGACUCCGGCCGGCCAACUACUACAAACAUUUUUAAGUUAAAUGCCACAAUGUGACCAGUGUACAUCUAGGAUAAAUUCAUCAUAUAAAGUAUAUGGAUGUACUACACUUUGGUCAAGGAAGGUCUAUUAGACCUGAUGUAUUUUGAUAGAUGUUCAUAACCUGGAACUUGAAAGCAAUAUCUGUUGUUUAAGGGAAAUUGAAUUUCGGUUCCUACAUCAUACCGUUUGAACACUUAAUUCCUUCAGAGUUGUUACAUCAUCAUAUCGUGUCACGUGUGCAUGUCAUUUCCAACGGUUACUUUAUGUGCACACUUAAUUUCCUGUGAAUAGCUAUAUGCACCAUUACAUGUACAUCUUGUCAAUAUGUACAUUUACUUGACAAAACUUAGUGACCACACCAUCUUUUUCAUUUGAAUAGACUUUUUUGACAAAGUUUCAUCAAUUUUCCCUUGAAAGCCUUCUGCUUUAUUUCAGAUGUUAAAGGAACUUGUAAAUUUGUAUAUUGGAUAUUUGUAUAUAUGAGUAUGUAUGUAUGUAUAUUUGUAUGCAAAUGCAUGUGAAUAGUUUUUCUAGAAUUGUUAACUUCUUACCAGUCCCACGAAUCUACUAUACAAUAGUAUAGUAUAGGUGAUUCUAUUAUAUCUACCUGUCCCAUAAAAUGCUAUAUCGACGUGCAAUAUUUUAAAGUGCAAUCUUGAUACACUGCAUCAUUCUUUACUAUAUUAGGUUUUAACUUGUUUGUAAAUAAUAGAAUGCAAUAAUUUCCCUCUCUUCAACCCUUGAUACUGUGUAGUAGUUCGUAUGAUAAUUGCACCCAUGUAAAUGUUCACCGCAAUUCAGUCCUACGACUGCAAGAGUGACGUUGUUUGUGAUAUCAAUGUUGAAUUGAGUAAACUAUUCAUACAUACAAA